AUGCUGCGCCUGUAUGACACCUUCAGCAGUGUCAUUAAGUUCACAGAACUUCCCGACCCCUCAGAAAUAUGGGAUCUGCAACAACUGGUUGGGGAAGGCACAUAUGGAGUUGUCCAUUUGGCUAAACACAAGCAAACAGGGGAGGUUGUUGCUGUGAAGAUACUUGAAGCCAUUCAUGAACUAAUUGAAGAAAUUGAAGAGGAGUAUGUCAUCCUCCAUGACCUUGGCAAUCACCCCAAUAUGCCCAAGUUCCAUGGGCUCUACCUCCGUCAGUCAGAAUUUCGCGGGGAGGAUCAGUUGUGGAUUGCUAUGGAGCUUUGCGGGCGAGGCUCUGUAACACAUCUGACAAGAGAACUAUUAAAACAAAAUGCUGGCCUGGAUGAGAAAUUAAUUGCACAUAUCAUAAGUGAAACAUUGAAAGUGCUCGUUCAUCUGCACACAAAUCAUAUCGUUCAUCGUGACAUCAAAGGUCACAACAUCCUGAUCACAGAUGAAGGAAAAGUCAAACUGAUAGACUUUGGAGUCUCUACAAGACUGAAGAGCACCAAUGACCGCCGUCGCACUUCAGUGGGAACGCCCUAUUGGAUGGCUCCAGAGGUUAUAGCGUGUGAACGACAACUAGAGUACAACUAUGACAAGCGAUGUGACAUCUGGUCCCUGGGAAUCACAGCCAUUGAACUAGCUGACGGAGAGCCCCCAUUGGCUGAUCUUCAUCCAAUGAGAGCGCUCUUCAAAAUUCCAAGAAAUCCAACACCAACUUUGUCUAACCCAGACAACUGGUCAAGCGAGUUCAAAGACUUCAUCUCAAAGUGCCUUAUAAAAGACUUUGAAUUACGACCUCAGGCGGAGGAUUUACUGAAUCAUCCUUUUAUACGUCAAGUGGCAGGAGAAACAAGCACGUAUCAGAAGAAGCUUCAUGACCUGACCUCUAGUAUGGAUCAGACAGUCCAUCGACCAGACGUCACUGUGAAGAAGGGACGUCCCAAGUCCCAUCGCAAGUCUAGACGAGACACGGUGAAAUCCACUGAAGAUUUGGCCACACUGGAAAUCCUUGAUGAGGGAGUGAUUGUAUCUCAGUUGCGCAGUCGUUAUGAGAACGAGGAAAUCUACACCUACAUUGGUGACAUCCUGUUGGCCGUCAAUCCAUUUCAGCCCAUCAACAUCUACAAUGAAGAGUAUUCUAAAAUGUAUGUCAAUGCAGCCAAAGAUGAAAAUCCUCCCCAUAUAUUUGCUGUAGCUGACCAAUCCUAUCAAAUGAUGAUGCAUUAUAGAAAACACCAGUGUAUCGUAAUUAGUGGAGAGUCUGGAGCAGGAAAGACGGAGAGUGCCAACCUAAUGGUACAACAACUCACACAGCUCGGCAAGGCUGACAAUAGAACACUUGAGGAGCGAAUUCUCCAAGUGAAUCCCCUGAUGGAAGCAUUUGGAAAUGCCAAGACCGUCAUCAACGACAAUUCAAGUCGAUUCGGCAAAUAUUUAGAGAUGUUCUUCACAAUUAGCGGCACUGUUGUGGGAGCUAAAAUCACUGAGUACCUCCUGGAAAAAUCUCGAGUGAUAUCACAAGCAAGGGGUGAACAAAAUUUCCAUAUAUUCUACUACAUACACGAUGGCCUCAGCUCAGAAGAAAAGAAAACUCAGUUUCAUCUCACAGAAAAUGUGCCCUACAGGUAUAUUGAGGAAUACACAAGCAAAGGGAUUGACAUUGCUGCAAUGGCAAUUAACAGGGUCAAGUUCAAGGCCAUCCAGCACUGCUUUGAUAUCAUUGGUUUUAAACCUAAGGAAGUGUCUGCUGUCAGUGGUAUUAUUGCCUCAAUUUUAAAUCUGGGCAACGUUAACUUUGAAGAGAAGGAGAUGGGCCAUGGGGGAAAUGCUUGCUGCAUUGAAAAUAUGCCGCUUGUAGAGGCAGUGUCUGCAUCACUAGGCAUUCCUAAUAUAGAGUUGGUGGAAGCUCUCACAACAACAGGUAUGGUUGCACGUGGAGAACUUAUUGUGCGAGGAAAUUCCGUCCCAGAGGCUUUAGAUGCCCGGGAUGCCAUGGCCAAGGCACUUUAUGGACGUUUGUUUAGCUGGAUCGUCAACCGUAUCAACAUUCUUCUUAAACCUCAGACAUUUAUCGCAAAAAAGGAGGAUGAGAAUCAUAUUAUAGGAAUCCUGGACAUUUUUGGUUUUGAACACAUUCCUAACAACUCUUUUGAGCAGUUGUGUAUCAAUAUUGCUAAUGAACAGAUCCAGUAUUACUUCAACCAGCACAUCUUCGCCUGGGAAAUGCAAGAAUACAAGAAUGAAGGCCUGGAGAUGCUGGACAUCACAUUUGUCGACAAUCGACCUUUACUGGACAUGUUCUUGAUGAAACCUCUUGGACUUCUGGCACUGCUGGAUGAGGAGAGUCACUUCCCUAAGGCUACAGAUCAGUCCCUGGUUGAAAAAUUCCAUAGGAACAUCAACAACAAAUACUACCGUCGUCCAAAAGGCAACUCUCUCGUUUUCAGUAUUGACCACUACGCAGGUCGGGUGGAAUAUGAUGCAAUGGGCUUCCUGGAAAAGAAUCGUGAUCGUCUUCCUGGAGAUGUACUAAAUAUGCUUCGUGCUUCCAACAACGAGGUCGUCCGCGCCCUCUUCCAGACCCCUCUUACAAAAACAGGUAACCUUGCAUCUGGUAGCAUCGCGUCUUCCCUGAGAAGCACUCCAAACUCAAGUGCCAUCAGCUCGCCAGCCAGUACAAGCUCUUAUGUGAGCGUGAUGAGCUACAACAAACACCAACAGACGUCUGGCAUGGGGGGCAGUCGGGGGUCAGCAUCUGCUAGUAUGACUAGGAUUCAACAGACUGUGGCAACCUACUUCCGAUUUUCUCUGAUGGAUCUUCUAGCCAAGAUGGUGGCAGGCACACCUCACUUUGUCAGAUGUAUACGACCCAAUGCGAACAAACACCCAGAUGAGUUUGACUCUGAGAAAGUUACAAUACAACUACGAUACACAGGAGUCUUAGAAACAACAAGGAUACGAAGGGAGGGCUUCUCCCAUCGAAUACCAUUUGCAGAUUUCCUACGUAGGUACCACAUGUUGUCGUUCCUGUGGGAUGAACGUGUGCCCCACACACGUGACAGUUGCUACACUCUCCUGGACAGACUGGGCAUGGACCACUUUGCUCUCGGGAAAACUAAAGUAUUCCUGAAGUACUAUCACAUUGAGCAGCUGGCCAGGAAAUAUGAGGCAUAUCACAGAAAAGUGGUUACUCUUCAGUCGGUCAUUCGGGGCUGGCAUGCCCGUACUCGCUUUUUUCAGACAAAAUGGCAGCGCGAUAAAGCAGCCACACUCAUACAAUCACCAAUAAAAGGAUUUCUUGUGCGUAGAAAGACUCGUCCAGUGAUUGAGAAACGACGAAAGGCAACUGUAUUGAUACAGUCACAGAUACGUGGCCACCUGGUGCGGAAAUCAUUACGAGAACAAAAGUCAGUUCAGGAGAAAAGAGAGAGGAGUGCUGUUGUAAUACAGAGAGCAUUCCGUUCCUAUCGGGCCCGCAUCAGUGCACGACAGUUACGAAAGAAACAAAUACAACUCUCAGAACAUUCUGCCACUGUGAUUCAGAAAUAUUAUCGACGAUGGCGAUGUCGGACACUCUACCAACAGCUACAGUUGUACAAGUCACAGCGAGAUACACAGGUCCUCUUCUUCACACAACAGGUGGAAAUGUACAAUAAGGAUAUGUUGCAGAAUAUGAUGAAAAACAUAAAACCUCGCAAAAUGGAGUCUAAAGUGGAAGUUCCUUUAAAACGCAAAAAGUCUGUGGCUCCUUCUCCCCCUACCACUGCCAAAUCAUUGACUGUUCCACCCAUUGCGAAACCUGAUGUCAGUGAGGAGAGAUUAGACCACAUGUUGAAAAUGAAUGAAUUGAAAUCUGUGAUGCCACCGAAAGAAACUAAAUACUAUGAUGAGCUCAACAAUUUCGUGCCAAUGCCAGACUAUCCUGCGUCAGAAGAAGAAGUACCGGUCACCGUGGUUACUGCAGAUGUACACCCUCCUCCUCCUGUUCCAGAUCACUUAGCCCGCAAAAGCGAGAUGAAAUCUGUAAUGAAUGGAGACAGUGAGUCAUAUUACCAAGAUAUAACAGUGGAAAACGCUUCAACAGAGGAAACAUUGGCCCCUCCCUCUGACUCCACCUAUCACGUGCCCUCGGACCAAAUCGUAGACUGGGACGUCCCUCUCCUUCAAGCUAAACAUAACGCUCUGUCACUCAUUAAAGAAAACAAAACAAACAGUUCCGUCAAACGUGAGGACAGCUCCGAGGCCAAAGACAAUUCGGACUCUGAGAGAGCAAAAUUGGCCCGAUCCAUUGCAGAAGCUAUUUUGAACAAUGGUGAUACCUCAAUUCCUCUUACAAAUGGCCAUAACUACAUUGAAGAAGAUCCAGCUCCCGUCCAUGACGAACUCCAGUCAGAAUCUAGUAAACAAGAACUAGCAAAGCGAUUGGAAGAUGAAUGUACAGGAAGUGUAGUUUCUCUAUGGCAACAACGACAGCGCAAACCCUUCGAGACUGGCACCAAUGAAGAUGACAAACCCUCUCAACCCCCUCCCCCUCCUUCCCACCCACCGCCAAGUAUACCUCGGAAUAGGAUGGCAGCCCCUGUACUGACGAUUCCUCCCCCGCCCUCAUCGCCACCUCCUCCCACACCUCCCAGAAAGUCACCAUCUCCAGUAAUCUCCAAACCUACACCUGCAAAGGUCGAUGUCAACGGCAAUGAAAAUGAUGUGUCUCCACCGACUGCUAGCAAAGUCAAAUUUGCAUUGACACCGUCAAUCAUACCACAGUCAAGUACCAAUGGACACGUCAAUGGGAACGUCGAUGGGAGCAUCGAAAACAAAGAUCAACCAUCCAAUUUCAGAAUGAGGCUGCGUAAAACUAACAUUGAUUUAUCCCAAGAUGAUAUAUUUAAAGCUUCCACAGCUGUCAAUGAACCAAAGCAUUUUGAUUUCCGUUCACGGCUUAAGAAAACUGGAAGAAUUCCAGAAACAUGA